CUUCUUCUUUUUUUUUUUAAUGCAGAAACCAAACCGCAAAUAUGUUGUAAAAGUUGCCACUCCCCUGCUAUGUGGAUAAAGUCAAAGCAUGCUGUAAUUCUCAGAUGUUUGAGCUAUAUUCGUGCAGCCCAUUCUGUGGUUAAGCCACCGGUGACAUGUCUGAAUAAGUAGCUUUGACAGGCAUUUACUUUGUGUGCAUUACGGGAGGACUGCAGCAGCCACAGCUUAACUGAGAUACGGGAGAGUUGUAUUUGGCAUGUAGAGAUCUGUGUGCUUAGGUGAAGGUAAUGCAGAAAAUCUGGAGCUGUGGCCCAAGGUGCUGAGCUGCAGCUUGUAACUGGAUGCUUGGUGACACUCAGGAGUGAAUGUCCCUCUUGUAUGGCAUAUUGCUUCUCCUUUGGUUGUAUAAAGGAGAUGAACACUCUGGCUGGUGUUGUCUGUUUCGCCUCGGUGUAUUGUGGCAGGACUGGGGGUGAGCUAUGCUUCAUCGGGAGGCCUUGUGAUUUGUGCCCGCUGAUGUAAAUCAUUUAAGUGCACGCUUUGAUUAAUGAUGUGACAGAGAUAUGCUUUUCAUGUACUGUCCAGGCUGGCCUUGGAUGUAGCUUAUUCACUGUGAAAUAAAAGGGCAAGCAGGUCACCCGCUUCAAUUAAAGAACAAAGUCUAUUGUUGUUUGACAGCAAACUGUUUUGAAAGCUGCACUGGGGAUCUGGCUGCUGCGGAGCAAUAAGGGCAGGCGCCCGCAGCGGCAUGGCUGGGGCCUGCUGGGCCUGGCGGGCUGGGCAUGGGGCUGGAGGCAGCACUAGGAGCCUGCAGCCUGGCGGGGAGCUGCUGGGAAAGCACCUCUCUUCAGCAUCGGUUGAUCCCCUGUUUACAGUGCCUGCACCUCCACCUCCAAUUUCCAGCAGUAUCACACCUCAGAUUCUGCCUUCCUACUUUUCUCCAUCUUCAUCCAAUAUUGCAGCACCAGUUGAGCAGCUUUUGGUACGGACUCGUUCUGUGGGUGUAAAUACUUACGAAGUUGGAGUAGUAACAGAACCCGAAUGCCUUGGACCUUGUGAGCCUGGGACCAGCGUGAACUUGGAAGGAAUUGUGUGGCAUGAAACUGAAGAAGGUGUGUUGGUGGUGAACGUUACGUGGAGGAAUAAGACUUAUGUGGGAACGCUGCUGGACUGCACAAAGCAUGACUGGGCCCCUCCCAGGUUUUGUGAAUCUCCAACGAGUGACCUGGAAAUGCGAGGAGGAAGGGGCAGGGGGAAGCGGGCAAGGUCCGCUGCAGCUGUGGCUAUACCUGGAAAUGAUACAAGUUACACUGAGUCUAGAGGACUUCAGACUAAGAAUCGAGGUGGUGCUAAUGGAAAGGGAAGGAGGGGCAGCCUUAACUCAAGUGGGCGCAGGACACCUCCAAAUUGCUCCAUGGAUGAAGUCAAAGCCAGCCCCUCAUCUACAAACAAGAGAAAAACUAAGCCUCCUAUGGAGCUAGACUUGAACUCCAGUUCAGAGGACAGUAAGUGUGGCAAACGUGUUCGUACGAACUCCAGAAGCACUCCAACCACCCCACAGGGGAAGCCAGAGACUACUUUUUUGGAUCAAGGCUGCUCUUCUCCGGUGCUGAUUGACUGUCCUCACCCCAACUGCAACAAAAAGUACAAGCACAUUAAUGGACUACGAUACCAUCAGGCUCAUGCACAUUUAGACCCAGAAAACAAACUGGAGUUUGAGCCUGACAGUGAAGACAAAAUUUCAGACUGUGAGGAACCAUUGAGUAAUGCGGCACUUGAAUGCAGUGAACCAAGCACAAAUUUGCCAGGCUUUGAUCCACUAAAAGCACCCACAUCUCCUUCCUCUGUUACUACCCCAGGGACCCCCAAGGGAAAAAGGGAACCAACCAGCAAUGGCACCAGUUCAGUUAUUAGUUCCAAAACUGGCAAGAAUUCAGGCAAAAAGAAGGGUCUGAACAGUGAACUGAACAGCCUUCCUGUAAUUUCUAACAUGUCGGCCACACUGGAUAAUUGCUCUAUAACAGAUGGUAAUUUGCAAACUGAAAUGCCAAAACUGGAAGCUGAAGGGUUAAUAGACAAGAAGAGCGUGACUGAUAAAGGCAAGAAAGCUAAUAAUUGCAAGGUGGAUAAAAACAUUUCCAAACUGAAAACAGCCCGGCCCAUUGCCCCAACGCCAGCACCGGCUCCUCCCCAGUUAAUAGCUAUACCUUCUACAGCCUUUACAACCAGCACUACAGGGACAAUACCAGGACUGCCCUCUCUUACAACUACUGUUGUUCAGGCGACACCAAAGAGCCCUCCGUUAAAACCUAUUCAACCAAAGCCCACAAUUAUGGGAGAGCCAAGCACUGUAAACCCAGCUCUCACAUCACUCAAAGACAAAAAGAAAAGGGAGAAGCGAAAGCUAAAGGACAAAGAAAGCAAAGAGAGUGGAAGCCCUAAGAUGGAUUCCAAGCUGGGAAAGCUAGAGGAUUCAAAAGGGUCUGGGAAAGAUUUAUCUGGACAUUUUUUAAAGGACCAUCUCAACAAGAAUGAAGUGCUAGCUAAUGGACUUUCUGAGUCUCAAGAGAGCAGGAUGGCAAGUAUUAAGGCUGAAGCUGAUAAGGUUUACACAUUCACAGACAAUGCGCCCAGCCCUUCUAUAGGGAGUGCCUCCAGGAUGGAAUGCAGCACUUUGGUGAAUGGACAAUCUUCAAUGGCACCACUGCAUGUGUUGACACAAAAUGGUGCGGAUAGCGCUGCUGCCAAAACCAACAGCCCUGCUUACUCUGAUAUUUCCGAUGCAGCUGAUGAUGGUGGCUCUGACAGCCGGUCAGAGGGCAUGAGGUCAAAGGCCAGCUCUCCUUCGGAUAUUAUUUCUAAUAAGGACAGUGUUGUGAAAGUACAUUCUUCAACCACGUCACAGUCAGCACAAGCGAAAGAGUCCCAUUCUCCCUAUUACCAUGGCUACGAUCCUUAUUAUUCUCCAAGUUACAUGCAGUCUGGACAGGUCAGUGCCCCGGCAGCUGGAAGCUGCAGUACCCCACAGGGAAUGAAGAUCAAAAAAGAGGCAGAUGAAGAGGCUGAAAAGAAAGAGAAGGCAGAACCAUCAGAUGCCAAGAAAAAUGAAAGCGGUUCCUCUAAUUUGCAGCCGCAACAUCAGUCAGUAAUAACGCAAAGACACCCUGCACUUGCUCAGUCACUUUAUUAUGGACAGUAUGCCUAUGGGCUCUAUAUGGACCAGAAGUCCUUAAUGGCCUCUAACCCUGCUUACAGACAGCAGUACGAAAAAUAUUACGAGGACCAGCGGCUAGCAGAACAGAAAUUGGUACAGACUGGGAGAGACUGUGAAAGGAAGAAUGAACCUCCCUUGAAGGAGAUUGGAAAGGAUGACAAGCAGAAAAACGUUCCGUCUGCAACUAUUUCAAAGGCUCCUUCAACACCAGAGUCGAGCAAAAAUAACACUAAAAUAGGGUCUUUGGUCCCCAGCAAAGGUGAGGAGACGAGCAAAUCACAGAUACUUUCCAAUCACCAGCAGCAGCUUCAGUCUGACAGUUUCAAAGCCAAACAGAUGGAAAACCAUCAGCUCAUAAAGGAGGCUGUGGAGAUGAAAUCUGUCAUGGACUCCAUGAAGCAAACAGGGGUAGAUCCAACUACAAGAUUUAAACAGGAUCCAGAUACACGAACAUGGCAUCAUUAUGUCUAUCAGCCUAAAUACCUUGAUCAGCAAAAAUCAGAAGAACUUGAUCGGGAUAAAAAGUUAAAAGAAGACAGCCCUAGAAAAACACCUAACAAGGAAAGUUCCCUGCCUAACCUUCCUGUCUCAUUAGCAAGCAUUAAAGAGGAGCCUAAAGAGGUCAAGCGUUCUGAUUCUCAAUCAGUGGAUGAGAGCAAGAUAAAAAACGAUGAUCGAAAGACUCCUGUAAAUUGGAAGGACUCUCGGGGUGCUAGAGUAGCAGUUUCCUCACCAAUGAGUCAGCAUCAGUCAUAUAUCCAGUACUUGCAUGCUUAUCCUUAUCCACAGAUGUAUGAUCCCAACCAUCCAGCCUAUCGAGCAGUCUCUCCUGUCCUAAUGCACAGCUAUCCUGGGGCAUAUCUCUCUCCAGGAUUUCAUUACCCAGUUUAUGGGAAGAUGUCAGGGAGAGAAGAGGCGGAGAAAGUCAAUACCAGCCCAAGCAUCAAUGCGAAAUCAACCACUGAGUCCAAAGCACUGGAUUUGCUCCAGCAGCAUGCCAGCCAGUAUCGCAGCAAGUCCCCUGUUCCCGUGGAAAAAUCGGCAGCUGAGCGUGAACGGGAAGCAGAAAGGGAACGAGAUCGUCACUCACCUUUCAGCCAGCGGCAUCUCCACACACACCACCACACACACGUUGGAAUGGGUUACCCACUUAUACCUGGACAAUAUGACCCAUUUCAAGGAUUGACCUCUGCUGCCCUUGUUGCCACUCAGCAGGUGGCUGCGCAGGCAUCUGCAUCUGAGAAUGAUGAGUUUGGAGAUGUACAUUGUCAUGUGACUGGAUCACAUGAGGAAGCGCUUUAUUACAGACAUCAGUUCCAUGGUGUUAAUUUGAAAUGCCUUAAUGGCAGGCAAAAACCAGUCAUUUCAUUUUUGUAAAUUGCAGAUUUUAUCACAGAGUAACAAAUGUUGCUGUAAUUAGACUUCUGUUUUUAUAUAUAUAUAUGCGUAUAUAUAUAUACAUAUAUAUAUAAAAAUAUAUAUAUAUUCUUUACUUUUUUUGUAUCAAUAACCAGGCUCACACACAGGGUCUGCUGCUAAGUUGCAAACCACAUAGUAGAAGGAGAAAUGUAUUUGUCAUGUUUAGAAAGUGUUAACCACAAAAGGUUGUUUGUUUCUUUUCUCUUCUUCUUUCUGUUUCCUUUUUCUCUUCUUUUCUUUUCUUUCUUUCUUUCUUUUUUUUUUUUUUUUUCCAAAUUGUAAAUAAAUAAUGUUAUGUAUCAGUGUGCCUGAACCUUGCGUACCCUUCUGAUAUUUCCCACAAGCUCUCAGAGAGGCUAACUGUGAUGACACUUUGGUACAAUGUAGAUGUCUAUUUGGUGGCUUCUAUUAAGAUGCAUCAGUGUAAAAUGUUCCUGUAUUCGCUGUUUCAUUGUAAUUGUGUAUUGUGAAAAAUAUACCUUUGGAAGGCAUGGGGAUCUUAGUACCACAAAAACUGUGUUGUACAUAAUGUAAAAUUUUUAAAUGGAAAAUAAUGAGCAUCUGUGAAUAAUGAAAUGUCUUUUUUGAUAAUCUUGAAUGGCAGAUAACCAAUAGCCUGCAUAACAGAAGACAUCUGUGAUUGUUCUAUUACUUGAAUAGUCCUGCAGUCUUUUUUUUAAUGUUUACAAUUAUCCAGUUUUAGAAGAGAGACUUUAAUGCCAUUGCCUGGUUACUUGUUUUAUGCUGUAAUCUAGUUUAUUUUAUGUAAAAUGUAUAUUGAAUGCUUUCAUUUUUAUACCUGCCUUAAAUAAUUUGGCAAUCAGAAUAAAGAAAAAAAGUUGUUUUUUGUACUUUCUUGGUGUCUAUGGGCCACUUCAAAAUAACAUGUGUUGUAGGCAUAGGUAGCAGAGCCCGAAGUUGCCACACCACUCCUAGUCUGUGUCUCAGAAGCAUUCCCUGGGACUCAGUUACCAGUGUGCCCAGCAGUGAUUCUCUGCCUUCCCUGCUGGGCCUGCAGCUCUGUCUUCUCCCAGGGGCAGUGUGGGACCCAAGCAGCAGACCUCUUUCUGUUGACCCCAGCAGGCUUGGAAGAGGCCCAUGGUAGACUCAGGUGGCAUUUGUGGUACUUGAAAAGGCACUACAGGUUUGCCUUUUUUUAGCACAGCUGUGUUACUGUAAAACACAGGUGAUUUUUGUGUGAUAUCUGAAUUGCCCUCCAAAAUAAGCAGGUGUGCAAAAAAAUGAAGAACAUGUAGCUUAAAAAGGCCAUUGCUGUGCUUAACCAUUGGUACCUGUAUUGCCACAAAAUAAGUGUAUUUUGUGGCCGUAUCGCCUAUUUUGUUGUAUUGCACUAAACACAGUACACAGGAAUAUGAAGACACUAAUUGUAACUUGAAAAAAAGUCAGAUUUACUGGUCAGGUUUUUGAGGCUUUAAAUUCUAUCCUUUCCUACAUAUCCCAGUUGUUUCACCUGUUGAAACUACUUUUUUAGCAUUUAAUAUUGUUUUAUGUUUGUUUUUUUUUUGUUGUUGUUGUUGCUGGGUUUUUUGGUUUUUUUUGUGUGUUUUUUUUUUUUUGACAGGGUGAAUUAAUGGAAGUUAGAACUUGUUUGUCUAUUCCAUUUCUUCCUCCUUGAGAAUACUUAAUACAGAAGGAUGAAUUAAAGGUCCUCAGCAGACAA